UGUUUUGAGCAUGCGUUGAAAUACCACAGUGCCCCGUGUGCUGUGUGUAUGUCCGUGUGUUGCUAUAUAUUAGGGAAACAUCGCUCCACUCGUCUCCUGCUCAUCAUAUAACCCAGUCUGGUCAGAAGACUCUGUCCUGCUGAAGGUGUUUGCACAGAGAAAGCCGCUGUUUCUGUAUUUGCCCUCGGUAGUGGUCAAGUAGGACACUCAGUGCUGCUAAAGGUACCAACUACAGAACACAAGGGGAAAUUACAGGAGAGGAAAACGAUUUGUUUCAUCCCAGAAAGAAGAAAAAGUUACACUGGGUUGGAACUUCGUGAAGUUUAACCCCUCCCACACAGAUGCUUCCGGCCGACCUGAUUGGUGGGAGUGAUGUGGGAACUAGAUGACCUGGCUGGCCAAUCAGAGGAGCAUGAGAGUGUGCUGACAGCCAGAGCAGCAGUGUUUCUACUGGAGCGUGAGAGGGAGUGGAGGAGAGGAACAGAGACCGAGGGAGAGGAGGAGGAGGCAGAGGAGCAAAAGGGAGGAAUGGGUGUUGGUAAAAACACUGCCCCCAAAUCCAUGGACUCCGCCACAGAGCCAGGCAAAUAUGAGGAGGAGAACAAACACAGUGCACCCUUCUAUCCCAUCCCAGUGGUUAAUGGUGUCAUGCAGACCCCCGGAGAUCAGGACGCAGAGGACACGCAACUCAUGGCCAUUUAUGCAAAAGACAGCCAGACUGAGGACAAAUGCUCCAUAUCAGAGACUGUGGACAGUACAGACAGCAUAGAUGCCAGGAGAAUGGACAUGAUAUACACCAUAGAGGACACACCGCCUUGGUACCUGUGUGUGUUCCUAGGUUUACAGCACUAUCUUACCUGCUUCAGUGGAACUAUCGCAGUGCCCUUCCUGCUUGCUGAGGCCAUGUGUGUGGGAUUUGACCAAUGGGCAACCAGUCAGCUGAUUGGCACCAUUUUCUUUUGUGUGGGCAUCACCACCCUGCUGCAGACCACCCUUGGCUGCCGGCUUCCACUGUUCCAGGCUAGUGCUUUUGCUUUUCUCGCCCCUGCAAGAGCCAUCCUUUCACUGGAUAAGUGGAAAUGUAACGCAACAGCUUUUCCUUUUUUAAAUGCCACAGAGCUGCCACACACAGAAGACAUCUGGUACCCCAGGAUACGAGAGAUCCAGGGAGCUAUAAUAGUCUCGUCUGUAAUCGAGGUGAUCAUAGGGGCCUUGGGUUUGCCAGGUGUCCUGUUGAAAUACAUCGGCCCCCUCACCAUUACCCCUACUGUCACUCUCAUUGGGCUCUCGGGCUUCCAGGCGGCUGGAGAGCGGGCAGGCAAACACUGGGGCAUCGCCAUGCUAACCAUAUUCCUGGUGCUGCUGUUCUCUCAGUAUGCACGUAACAUCCAGUUGCCGCUCCCCAUCUACAAAUCCAAAAAAGGUUGGACGUCUUACCGCCUGCAGCUGUUCAAGAUGUUCCCAAUCAUCAUGGCGAUCCUUGUUUCAUGGUUUCUGUGUUUCAUCUUCACGGUGACUGACGUGUUUCCUCCUGAGAAGGACAAAUAUGGAUUCUACGCCCGAACAGACGCCCGACAGGGCAUCCUGGCAGUUGCUCCCUGGUUUAAGAUACCCUACCCCUUCCAGUGGGGGUUGCCCACAGUGACCGCAGCAGGGGUGAUUGGAAUGAUGAGUGCUGUAGUGGCCAGUAUUAUAGAGUCCAUAGGAGACUAUUACGCCUGUGCCCGUCUCUCCUGUGCCCCGCCUCCACCUGUACAUGCUAUUAACAGAGGGAUCUUCAUGGAGGGUCUUUCCUGUGUUCUCGAUGGAGUCUUUGGGACAGGAAAUGGCUCCACAUCUUCUAGCCCAAAUAUUGGAGUGCUGGGCAUCACCAAAGUGGGCAGCAGGCGGGUAAUUCAGUAUGGGGCAGCACUGAUGCUACUACUAGGAAUGGUGGGUAAAUUCAGCGCUCUCUUCGCAUCAUUGCCGGACCCAGUUCUGGGGGCGCUGUUCUGCACUCUCUUCGGCAUGAUCACUGCUGUUGGCCUUUCCAACCUGCAAUUUGUGGAUCUCAAUUCGUCCCGCAAUCUGUUUGUCCUUGGCUUCUCCAUCUUCUUUGGCCUGGUCCUACCCAGCUACCUCAAAGGAAACCCUCUAGUCACUGGUAUAGUGCAGAUAGAUCAGGUGCUGAACGUUCUGCUCACGACUGCCAUGUUUGUAGGAGGUUCAGUGGCGUUUGUGCUGGAUAAUACUAUUCCUGGCACCCCGGAGGAAAGGGGCAUCCGUAAGAUGAAUCGUGGAAACAGUGUAUCUAAACAGGACAGAAUGGAGUCUUACGACCUUCCAUUUGGUAUGGACUUCCUGCGGCGCCAUCGCAUUUUCCAGUACCUCCCAAUCAGCCCCACUUUUGCUGGCUACCAAUGGAGCGUCCUCACCCAUGGCUGCCAUAACAGAAGAGAGGACGACAUGCCUACAAAGCCAGAAGUGGGAGAAAGUGGGGUAUAGUGUUUAGCAGCAGUAUGCUUUCAGAUGGUAGUUGCAACGCUCCAUUCCACCCAGACAGUGAAAUCCACAGUCCGGUCCCUUAACAAAAAGCUAGCUAUAAACUCUUUUCAUCCUACAAUCCUUUACAAACUCUGUAUCCUUUUUGAUUGAGUUUGUCAUCAACACUAAAGUUGGUUCCUAGCUGCUAAUACAGCUGAUCCGAAGGCAUCUCCAUGACAACAGCGUGUGGAUGCAAUGCAGGUUGUACUCGUUCAUCUCUCUCAGUGCGGGAGAACGUAAAAACAGAGACUGAUAGAUGGAAAAAUCCCUUUCCGAAUUUCCAACAUCAGUGUUCCUUUUUUUUUGGCCUGCACUGCUCCGUCUGCAUCUGUGUGUAGAUAACUGGAUGUGUUAGAAUUGAAAAGACGUACUAAUAAUGUGUGUCACUAUCACACACCUUCACAUUCACAAUAAACACAAACAUGCUCAAUCUCGCUUUAUGCAUGGCGCAGUUCCGGAUCCCGUCAAAGCGAGAGGAUCGUUAAAAGUGAUGCAAGGUUAAUGUGCUUUAUGCCUGAAUUGCACUGCUUGAAUUAACGCACAAAAUGUAGUUUGCUUGUUCCUAAUUUAUCUUCCAAUGUCCUGGUCUAGCUUCCAAAUUUGUAUGUACUUCAAUUAAAAUUAAAAAUGUAAAUCCCAAUGCCUUAAAUGUAAGGAAAAUGAUUCAGUCAUACAAAUUCAUGUUUUAGUCAUCUCGAUUACGGUAUGUCGUUAGUUAGCUGCUAUUCUGCUGUAAGAAGCGUUUAUUAAAUGACACCUUGAAAUUGUAGCGUGUUUUGGAGGCGGAUAGCUAUGCAGUAGGUUAAAAUUACACGAAAAACGAAUGUAUAGCAGUGCAUGGUUUGCAAAAGAAGGAAGACUGGAAGGGAAAAACUUAAUAAUGGUUGCACUCAGGCCGUCCCAUCGAAAGACGUAGGGAAAUGGUUUUCUUUUGGUCAGAAUCUGUUGAGCCCUCCUUUGGGGGCCACAUUCUUGGUGGCACUUCCUCACUGCUGUUCAAGUGAAGUGGUUAAUAAAGUAGAUUCCCACAAGCACUGCAGAUUUGUUUUUGGACACAGAGAGGUUGGGUGGCAUUUAGUGGGCAUUUAUUGACCGGCUCUCCAACUGUACAAAUCCUAUUAUACUGCAUUAUCACAAUCAAUUACUAAUCAUUAGUAUUUGCUUGGAACUAUUAGUUCACAUUUCUCAUUUUUGGUUUACAGACAUUCUAUAAUCUGUACAGUAACAGCAUGUUCAACACAAAAGUAUUUUUAAAUGUACACUAUCAGUUUGUGUUGCAGCAUUGAAACCAAUUUCUGACCAUGUCAUGGAAUGGAGACUUCAUUGGCCUUCCUGAUUUAAAAAUGUGUGGUUAUGCUUUCACUUCUUUGAUUAUCUCACUUAGAGCUCUAUCUGAUGGUUGUAUCUUUGAAGCUUGUACUGUAUCCACUUCAGAUUCAGUUUCUUUUGUUGACUUGUAUUUUAUUUAUUUAUAUGUACUACGUCUACUAUCUUUGUGCAAAUCCUUUGCUGCCUGUGAGCAGGAGAUGGGAGAUGCAGCUCUGCACUCUAAGGUUUGAUUUGAUAUGAUGUCAGCAUGGUGCAAAGAGAAAUUUCAGUUUUAUAUUACCACAGUCUCGAUAUUUACAACGUAACUGGUGCUUCCUCUGCGAGUCAUUCCAACUAACAUGUUUGAGAGGUUUCUCUCUCUUUCUAGUUGACCUGUAAUAGAGCCUGAUGUUGGUUUCUUUGAGAGAAAACCCUAAUUAUGCAAGGACCAUUUCACUAGGUAACAAAAUGUUACAACUGUUACUUUUGUUUUCACCCUUAUUUACACAUUUUCAAAACAUUCUGUGCAUUAUAGCAGGAAAGAACACAUCGCUUAUGUGUUUGAGAAUGUUGAGGUGACCGUAUUUGGGACAUAAAAGCCAGAUCUGAGUGCUGUAUGCUGUCAUUUAUUUAAUGUUUGGUGAACACUUGGAACAGAGUGCUGCAGUAAUUGAGUAGAAUAAGAUCUACAGUUCAAAACUUAUGUUGUAAAGAAUCCAUUACUUUAGCACUUUUUUUUCCUAAAAUAAUCGUAUUAUAAAACAUUGAGCACUCUGAAGUGUGGUAUAAUAAUUGUCUGUGAACCUAAAGUAAAUGCAUUUGAGAAA